GCGAGCGAGGGGCGAGACGGGGCCGGUCGGUCCGCACCAGGCAGCCCGGCCCGGCCCGGCCCCCUUCCAACAGCCCUGUGAGAUGGGCAAAAAUGACCAUGUAGCAAAAAUGCAGAGCACGGGAAGCACAGAGGUGAAGAUAGUCUCAGCACUCUUCUCACUCUGCAUAGAAUCCCUGUCAGUCUCCGAGUGCAGAGCUGAGGUGCUUCUGAAUUCAUAUAACAGGAAUACAAAUACUUGUUUAAGUCCUGCCAAUGUCUCUGACACUCUACAAGCAAACAUUUAAAACAAGUCUCUGCUCAAGAACAGUUCAACCCUCUGGAAUGAUGUAGGAUGGCUUCUGAAGGCUCAGCUGUCUGGCACACCAUCCACUGCUUGCUGAAAAAGUGUUUUUGUGUCCUCCAAGAGCAGCAUGAAGUCUGGAAGAAGACACUGGUUGGCUGCACACCUCUCCUUGAUUCCCUGACCAACCUGGCAGAGCAGAUGCAAGCCUCACAAAAGGUCGCCUUUGCAAGUACCCCACUGGGAGACUUCCCCUGCCUGCCAGAGAGGCUCUGGCACAAGCAGCGAUGUGCCGUUGAGGCUUUGCUGAAGGAGCUACAGCAGGACAAGCUACUGGAACUGCAGAAGGUGCGGGAUGCUGUUGGUGCUGGCGUGGCAAGGAUUUUCCUGCUUUGUGAGCUGCAAGGUAGCAGUCUGUGCCUGGAGAGCUCCUGCCAGCGUUCUGCCCUCUGUCCCUCAUUGGCAGACAUGUUGGAAGGGCUGCUGGAUGUUGAGGGUUUUUAUCACCACAUAUAUCUGGAGAUGAAGUUAUUCCUUCUUCAGGUCAGCUAUGAGAACCUUACGGAGAUGGAAGUUCUGCCCAAGGCCUUGAAGAAGGUGCUGCAUCAUGGCCUCCAAAAUGUAGUAGAAGAUGUGUUGCUGAAGGUCUCUUUCUUCCGGGAAGCUGUGUGAGGAUCCGCAAUUACAGGCCGGUUUGCACAGGGCAGCACAUCAUCAUGCAAGGGGUGCUCUGACUUUGGAUGGAGCUUUCCAGCCCUGCAGUCAGAAGCUGCUCACAACUGGAUUCUGCUCUGUGAAGACCCUUGGGCCAAUCCCCUUUCCUUUUGUGUCUUGUCUUUUAGAUUGUAAGCCUGUGGGCAGGGACUGUCAAGAAAUAUUUUUGUAAGCUGCCGUGAGAGCCUUUUUUGGCUGAGUGGCGGGAUAAAAAUGCUUAAAUAAAUAAAUAAAUAAAGACCAUGCAAAAGCA